AAAACAAACACCAUGGAAACACAGGUCCGGGUCCAGAGCUCCCUCCUCCCUGACAGAAACUGCUUCGACAUGUGGCGGGACUACAUGAACCUGUGCAGGUUGCUGGAGAAGCUGUGCGGGAUGUCCGAGGUGGAGCCGAGAGGCGGCGAGCAGCCGACGAGCCGACGCAUUCAGCGCGAUGUGCGCGCCAAGUCCAACAGGGUGGCUUCUUCUUCAUCCGACUACUGCCGCUUCUGCAAGCGAAACGGGGAGACUGCGCAGGUGUACGAGUCCCACAGGCUGAAAUCAUACGACGGCAAAACCAUCUGUCCCAUCCUCUACAACUACACCUGCCCCCUCUGCGGAGGCACCGGAGAAAAAGCGCACACACGCCGCUACUGUCCGCAAACGAAGAGCCACCGGUAGGGCGCUGGGCGCCAAGUCCUUUGGUGAGCACAUAAGGAGGAAUAAAAACUGUACAUAAUUAUCGUCAGACUUGUUUUGCUCAUUGGGUUUACGUUCAAUGCGGCACAAAGUUCCAGAGAUGCGCACUUUCACCUGAGAUUGUUGGACGUUUGAACUUUGCGCAUUGUGUCCGCGCGUCUGCAGCAAGACCAGACAAAU